GGCGGCGGCGGCGGCGGUGGGAGCGGCCGCCCCGAUGUCGGGUCCGCGGGGCGCCCUGCAAGCCUGGUGCCGCCGGCAGUGCGAGGGCUACCGCGGCGUGGAGAUCCGCGACCUCAGCACCUCCUUCCGCGACGGACUGGCCUUCUGCGCCAUCCUGCACCGCCACCGGCCCGACCUCCUAGACUUUGAUUCGCUCUCCAAGGAUGAUGUCUAUGAAAACAAUCGCUUGGCCUUUGAGUUGGCAGAGCGGGAGCUGGGCAUCCCAGCCCUGCUAGAUCCCAAUGAUAUGGUCUCCAUGAAAGUUCCCGACUGCCUCAGCAUCAUGACUUACGUGUCUCAGUACUACAACCAUUUCAACAACCCCAGCCAAGCCAGCGUCCCUCCGCCUAUGAAGCGACCAACUGCUGCCUCCUCUCCUCCUCUGCUGUCCCACAAGAUGCCCAUGGCUGAGGUUGAGAGUCCUUCAGCACCACAGGGAGCAGCUGCUCUGGAAAAUCCAUGGUCUGAGGAGCAGCUUGUGGCCCCUGUCCUGAGCUGCCUGUGCGUUGUGUCCCAGGAUGAUGUCCCCUCGGAGCAGUCCCAGCGCAGCACGCUCAGCAGCACCUGCGCAGCCUGCCAGCAGCACGUCCACCUGGUGCAGCGCUACCUGGCCGAGGGCAAGCUCUACCACCGCCAGUGCUUCAGAUGUAAGGAAUGCUCCAGCACGCUGCUCCCGGGGUCGUACAAGCCUGGGUCAGAGGCAGGGACUUUUGUCUGCACGCAGCAUCGUGGUAAAUUGGCCAUGAGCGGGAAGGCAGAGAGGAGGCCCAGCCCAGACCGACAGUCACCAGAGCUAAGAACUGAGAUUGGGGCUGACAGCAUGGGAGAGAAUGCCCUCCAGGCAGAAGCAGAGGUGGGGAAGGAUGAUGGUGACUCCCAGGAGAGUGUGGCAGAGACCCCUAUGCCUACAGAGGGCCUUGCUGGCCCAGCAGAGAAGGACAGCACAGCCAGCAAAGCAGAGACACCGACACCCUCUUCUCUCACUGGCAGUGGGGCGCCUGUCUCCCAAACUCCCCCCAGGCCUCCAGUCCCCAGCAAACCUGCAGGGCUCACCCAGGACAAAGCCAGCUCGCUGGAUGGACGGCUCAGAGACUCACGUCCCACCCCAGCCCCAAGGAAGGCCACUGAUGCAUCUGUCCUCUCCCCUCCAACCUCCCACCCUGUCCCCCGGCCCAGGUCCACUCUGCAGGGCGAGGGCAGCGAGUGUGGGCCUGGCAUGGUAAACGGUCGUGUACCUGAGCCCAGCCCCCCUGUCCCAAAACCUCGAGGGAGACCCUGCUCCUCUGAUCGUGGUGGAGCAGUUGCUGCAAGAGCCAAGGACCCGCCAUGGAUGGCCUUAGUGCAAGCAGAGCCCAAGAAGAAGCCAGCUCCCCCUCCUCCCCCAGGCAACAGCCAUGAGACUCCGAGUAGGACUUCAGAGGAGGAGGAUGGGGAGGAGGUGGGGAAAGCCAGGAGUGAGGAGAGCAGGUCUGAUACCACAGAGCCCAAACCAUACAACCCCUUUGAGGAAGAGGAUGAGGAGGAAGUGGAAAGUGCUGACACCCAAAAGAGCACACCUGAGCAGGAGCAGAGCGAGACUGCUGCCAAACCUCUCCACCCCUGGUAUGGCAUCACUCCCACCAGCAGUCCAAAGGCAAAGAAGCGGCCAGCUCCACGAGCCCCCAAUGCUUCCCCACUAGCCCACCACCCCAUCUCCAGGCUGUCACACUCUGAGCCAUCAUCCUCCACCCCGUCGCCAGCUCUCAGCCUCGAAAGCAUCAACUCUGAGAGUUCAGCCAAGGUGCUGGGAGACACGGAUGAGGCCUCAGUGCCCAAAAGCUCCUCUGAGCCCACUGUGCACAUGCCAGCAGCCGCCAAGACUUCGAGCACGGAUGCGCCGCUGGCCAGCGUCUCCUCCAGUGAAAGCCCUGCUGUCCCAGCCAGCCUCUCCACCAACUCCUCCUCCUCCUCCUCCAGCAAGCUGGCCAACCUCAGUGGGGAGAUGCAGACCAGCAGGAGCAUGUCCACUGGCAGCCUAAAGACCAGCCCCAGCCGGCUGCCCCCCAAGCCUCCAGCUGGGGCUAGCCCUACACCUAUCCUCUUGGUUUCAGAUGGGGGCUCUGGGAGCCCCAAGACAUCUUCCUCGCCUAAACCACAGCUGAAGUCUUCCUGCAAAGAGAACCCCUUCAAUCGGAAGCCAUCACCUGCUGCCUCCCCCUCGGCAAAGAAACCUCCCAAGGGCUCCAAGCCUGUGCGUCCUCCUGCACCAGGCCACGGCUUCCCUCUGAUCAAACGCAAGGUGCAGACAGAUCAGUACAUCCCUGAAGAAGACAUCUAUGGGGAGAUGGAUGCCAUUGAGCAUCAGCUGGAUGAGCUGGAGCACCGUGGGGUGGCCUUGGAGGAAAAACUGCGCAGUGCUGAGAAUGACAACUCUGAGGACAGCCUGCUUGUGGACUGGUUCAAACUCAUCCAUGAAAAGCACAUGCUGGUGCGCCACGAAUCAGAGCUCAUCUACAUCUUCAAGCAGCAGAACCUGGAGCAGCGGCAGUCAGACGUGGAGUAUGAACUGCGGUGCCUCCUCAACAAGCCAGAGAAGGACUGGACCGAUGAGGACCGAGGGAGGGAGAAGGUGCUGAUGCAGGAGCUGGUGACCAUCAUUGAGCAGAGGAAUGCCAUUGUGAACUGCCUGGAUGAGGACCGGCAGAGAGAAGAGGAGGAGGAUAAAAUGUUGGAAGCCAUGAUUAAAAGGAAAGAAUUUCACAAGGAGACGGAGACCGAGAGCAAGAAGAAAGGCAAAUUCAAGCCUAUGAAGGUGCUUAAGCUGCUGGGCAACAAGCAUGAUUCCAAGAGCAAGUCACCCAAGGAAAAAAGCUAGAGCAGGGGAACACCAACAUUGGGAGGGAACCCUGACUCGCCUCUCCCUGGCCCUGGCUCGCCUCUCCCCCUGCUCCCUCCUCAGGCACCAGAGCUGCCGCCCCAGGGAGAUGCCAGCCCUCAGCCCAGAGUGGGUGAGAAUGACCAAAGCCCUUCCCUUUCCUGAGGCUGUGGGGGAGCAUGACCAUACCCUCCAUGAAGCCUUGUUAACAAGGCAGGGAGAAGAUGGAUUUGCUUUUCAGAUACGUUACCCAAUUGUGUGCUCUUGUCAUUAACUGAGAACAAACAAAGGAGUUUGGUGUUUGUGGGAAAACUUGCACUAACUGCACCCCAUCCCUUUUCCCGCUCUAACUGUGACAGUUCCACGUGCCUCUGACUUUUGUCAGGAGGGGACUGGGCCUCCCUGUCCCUCCCUGCCUGCCCACUCUUGUCCCUUUUCUGUCCCAUUUUUAACUUCAGGAGAAAACUGACAUUAGAAUCAGGAUCCUUUGGGUUUUACUGGCCUAAACUAAAAGGUUAAGAAAAUACUCCUGCAUCAUAAGGCUCUAGAGCCAUAGCCAAAAAAACAUGUGGUGCCCUAUUUAUUUUGAGCUGUCCCCUCCCUCGUGUGCCAGGGGUGGGUGGGCUCCGUCCCAAGGCUGAGAGGACCCAAGGGGACGGUGUACAGCUGCUAGGAUGUAGCUCAUGUGCCCUACUCAGGAACCCCACUGCUGCUAAACACUGCUGACUCUGCUGCCUUCCUGGGGAGGGAAAACCUGUUCCUUUUCCAGGCAAGGGCAGAAAAGCUCAAGCUUGACUGAGUGCCGGCAAGGGGCACUAAGCUUGUGUCCCUGCUCACCAGUGCCACCCUUGAGCGGCAGGGGAGAGAGGCGCCAUCACAACUGACCUUUACCCAGCUUCACCUGUGUAUACUUUAAAAGUGUGCAGAUGUGGCUGGUUAUUUUUUACACCUCCUUUACUAGAUGAAUUCAAACCCAUCCAAGAACUUUAAACCCCUUAUUUUAUUUGUCAUGUGUGUGCGUGUGUGUACAUCAGAGGAGAGGAGGGAAUAGGGGGGCAGUGUUCUUCCAACCAUCCCUUCUUCCUUCCAUUUUUGUUUCCUGCCUUCACUUCCAAGAUGAUGAGUUAUUUAUUGAAUUAUUGGAUCAGUCUGAAUUAGAGUUUCAUGGGUGUUUGGUUGGUCAGCUAUUCAUCAUGCCUUCUCAUUAGCAAAUUAGACAUAACCAGCCCUGAGCCAUCUGCUGCAGUCUCUUCUAAAAACCCAACAGGCUUUAGCCAAAAUGCUCUCAGAGCAGUGCCUUGCAAGGUGGCUGGUGUAGCAUUCUGGAGAGGGAUCCUCAUUUCCCAAAACCAGAGGGACCCAAGCCCCUCCUCAAUCCCAGCGUGGCCCCCAUGGCUGGGAGCUGGCCAGUCCAGCCCUGUGCUGGUAAUGCCACCUCACCCUUGCCAUACACAGCAGGCUGAUGAGGAGCAGUGAUAGGGGCGGGGAGAUCCCAAAGCACAACUCUUUUCUAAGGAGAAUAAAACUGCUUUAGAGCCUGCUGUCACAUCACUGUUGCCAAAGGCCAUUGGGAUUGCUGCAGCCUGACACCCCUUGGCCCUGCGCCUGGUCAGCAGUUUGAUUUGUAAAUUAUACUGUACUAACUCCAUGACUUCCAUUCACCUGAGCAGAAAUAAAAGAAACAUUGGAUUUAAAAAGUGA